AGAUGUAUUCAGUGUGGUCUCCGCUAUCACAAGGAGCGGUUGUCUAUCGCGUUUCCCAAAUUUCGAACGCGGAGUUUUGGCUUGGAACAUUAUUAGUAUUAUUCGCGUGUGAAAUGGACUUACUAUAUUUCCAUAUACUAAAUGCCUUCGACAUAGAUUUGUUUUCGCUUUAAAAAAAAAAACAAUAAUUUUGAAUUCGUGGAAUCGAAUCAAAAUAGAACGCGAAUGCAAAGCCAAAUGCUAAAUUAACAAAGACUCAGUGUUUUGUUACGUGUUUUGUAUAAAAUAAGAAAAGGAUGAAUAGAGGUGAUGUUUGAAACAAUUAUAUCGUCGUCUCUCUCAUUUCGAUGUGUUUUAUGAGAAAGACAUGGACCGCGCUACAAUACGUCCGCCUUGUGUGUAAACAGAAAACAUCUGAUUGUGUUCUAAUUUCAAACUGAAACAAAUCGAUUUAAUUUUAGUGUGGAUUUUCAUAUAAUAUAUCAAUGAUUUUGAAUUUUUUCAUUCGAUUUAAAUAAAAAUAAAAAAAGUGUUCCUAAUUUCGAAAAGUAGGUUAUAUGCGUGUAAUUUGAAAAUUGAAUUUGUAAUUCGAUUGUGAUAUGAAAAAUCGAUUUCGAAUUAUUCGUGCACUGAACCGAUUUUAAUGUAGUGAAACGUAAACACAGUAGUGAGAAAUAGUGAUUCAUUUGUUUGUAAAUACUGCGUGCUGUUUAUUUGAAUUUAUUUAAUCUAAAGCAGAAAGAUGCAUCCUCAGAGGCCAUUUUUCGGAUCACACUCCGAUACGUCGGCUAUAAAUAUGAAACACUUGGUCACGGAUCUGUUUAGUCAGAUGCGGGAGCCUUCCCCAGGGGCUCCAAGCCCCAAAGGCUCCACUGUAUCACUUAAUGUAACCAGGAAUGCCGGCUUCCAGCAGCAAAAUGGCGCUGAACACCUGCCCUGGAGCAACCCUGGGAUGUCCUUAUCUAAAAAUUGUAGUUCUAAUUUAACCAAUGAAUCAUCAGGGCUUGUUCGCACCGUGAGCAACGCUUCAGCCCUCACGUCUCUAUGUGCUGAUCUAUCGCCGUCAGAUUCUCAUUUCUUCGAGGUUUUGUAUGUUGGCAAAGUACGCAUCUCACAGAGGAAGGUCCCGGAAUCGUUAAUUGAUGAUGCAUUACAAAAGUUCACUCAACAUGAAGCCGAAAAAUUAAAAAGUAAUAGGCGGCAUAGCUUACUGUCUUCCACUGUGGCUUCCCAAGAUAGUACCGAUUCUGAUGUAAAAAGUUCACCAGAACGUGCCAUAGAACAGUUUAGACACAACAAUUUAAUACCCAGUACAACACCCUUAGAACCGGAUAAAUCCAUUGCUUGGAAAAGCGCUGAAAACUUACAAAAACCUGAAAAUACAGAAAUCGACAAAGAGUUUGACGUAUUCACCAAAGAGCGAGUCGAAAAGAUCGUCAAACAGCCAGUGCCUUUAGAGCCUACGGUAUUAGUGAUAAACGUACCUAAAAACAAUCUAGGCACUGUUAAGGAGGAUGAAGAAAAACACGACGAUGGUCAUUCACUAACGACAUCUCUCUUAAUAAAUACAAGUAAAAUUGAACCUAAAGAUGCCUUAAUUUCUAACGCUGAUAAGGCAAAUAAUCCUUUCAAUGAUAAAACAGAUGAAACAAAAAAGCAAACAGUGGUUGAUCCAUUGCUUCAUGUGCCUGUAGAAGUUAAAAAUAUGAAACCACAGGCCGAUGAAAACGUAGCAACAUUAAUGGAAAAAAGAGCGAAGUUAAAUUUUGGAGAACUGCAAAGGAAACCAAAAGAGACUCACGAAGAGAAGAAAAUGAAGACAGAUACGAAACCUUAUUUGAGAGAUAGAUCAGCGUCUAUUGGUACGUUGAAUUUAAAAACGCCGUUGGCUCAUUUGAUUGGUGAACAGAAUAGGAUAAUGCUUUUUCAGGUUGGUCGUUCAGAGUUACGUCUAAUAAGCCCUGAUAGAAAACAAAUUCUUUUACAUCGUGGCUUCAAGGACGUCGCCAGUUGCGUCCUCGGUAGAAGCAACAAGGAGCAUUUCGGCUUCGUGUGUCGUGAGACUAAUGACUACGCGUGCUAUGUGUUCAAGUGUGAAAGUGAUUCUGUUGCUACAGAAGUUGUAAACGCUAUUAAACAAGCCUUCGUCGCACACGCCGAUCUGUUGAAGAAGUCCAGGGAUAAAUCUCCAAAUAUGACAUGCGAACAUUGCCCUAUGUUGUGGUACCACAGACUGUGCCAUGAUAUUGAAGGUAUGAAUGAAAAGAAGAUACACGCUUUUAUACUGCGUCGCGUUGAACAACUACCAGAUGAUGAACAAGACGUCAUCAUCACAAAAUAUCAAGGUGGAACUAAUCACAUGUACGAGGUGAGCGAGCACAACGCAUUCCUAAUGAUGUUGCUCCGAGCGCACUGUGAAGCAAAACAGCAAAGACAUGUGCACGAUACAGCUGAAAAUAGAUCUGAAUUCCUCAACCAAUAUCUAGGUGGCAGCACUAUAUUCAUGAAGGCUAAACGAUCUUUGUCCAGUGGAUUUGAUCACCUACUCAAGCGGAGGCAGAGUAAGGAUGACGUUUCACCACUCGCUAUCAAAAAGGAGCUAUCUCCACACCCAUCAGUUCUGGAAACAUCGUCCGAGCCCAACAAUUCGGAGCUCCUCUCACCGGAUGUACAACGUUGUAAAUCACUGUCGCCGGGCGUUAAUAUUAUCACGGAGCAACCGUCGUCACCGAAAACUUCCCAGCAAGUGUCAUUCGACGAAGGAACAGAUGAGAACAAGGAAGAAACAUCCGUCAAUUCGCCAAUGAUGGACAUUUUCCUGAAAGUCAGUGACUCACGCGCAGCCGCUAACGAAGGCGGUAACGAAUCUGAUGCGACCUGGCGUCAGGCGAUAUAUGAGAAGGUGGUCCAACCCAGCAAGGACGAAGGGGAUAUACAGCAGAAGGAUCUCCUAGGUCAUCCAACGUCACCAACCGGGAAGCGUUCGAAGGAACAGCUUCGACAGCUUUGGAAGAUGGCGAUUGACCAAACGAUAUUACUUGUUAGGAUGGAGAAAGAAAACGCAAGAUUGAAAGAAAGUGAAGAGUCAUCAGCGGUUCGGCGCAUUAAGCUGGAAUACGUCGAGAUGGGAUCGUGUGACGCUGGAGUGUCGCACAUGUGGGACUCCCUGCUCGCGAGAGAUCCUUCGCAGCCCGUCGCCAAAGUUGACAGGCAUAUGCUGAAACAGGCGGUUAGACAAGGCGUCCCGCGCACGUCCCGCGGCGGCGUGUGGUACUUCCUGGCGGAGCAGGCCAGCCUGCGCGCCGCGCCGCCCGACGCGCGCCUGUUCCCGCUCUACAACGCGCCCUACCGCUCGCUGCUCGCCGGCCUCACCAAGCACCAGCACGCCAUACUCAUCGACCUGGGACGCACCUUCCCCAAGCACUCGUACUUCGCCUCGGCCCUCGGUCCUGGUCAGUUGGCCCUAUACAACAUACUGAAGGCGUACUCCCUUUUGGACCCCGAUGUGGGCUACUGUCAGGGCUUGAGCUUCGUGGCUGGAGUGUUAUUAUUACACAUGGAUGAAGCCGAAGCAUUCACACUGUUGAGACAUCUGAUGUUCCGUCGAGGUAUUAGGAAGCAGUAUCUACCGGAUAUGAGCGCGUUACAAGUCCAACUGUAUCAACUCUCUCGUCUCCUUCGCGACCAUGAACCGGAACUACAUGCGAAGCUAGAGUCUCUCGACAUAUCACCGGCUCUUUACGCAGCACCCUGGAUGCUGACACUUUUCACCAGUCAGUUUCCACUCGGCUUCGUCGUCAGGGUCUUUGACCUGAUCUUCCUGGAGUCGUUCGACGUGGUGUUCGCGGUGUCGCUGGCGCUGCUGGCGGCGCACCGCGACGGGCUGCUGCUGUGCGAGAGCUGCGAGGAGGCGGCCGAGUACCUCAAGCACAAGCUGCCCGACCUCGACCCUGCGCUCGUGCAGAGAGUCAUGGCCACGGUUUCAAAGUUAGACAUCAGUCGUCAGUUAACUGAAUAUGCGGUGGAGUACAGCGUGCUGAGAGAGGAAAUGCCUCGCCUGGCGGCACUCACGGAACAUAACCGGCAGCUACAAGAGGACACUAGUCGAAUGAGCUCCGAACUCGAUUCGGCAAUGGACGCGAUCGAAAACUAUCAAAAGACCCAAACUCGUCUAGAAUCGCAAAACAAAAUCAUGGAACAGCAUCUAACUUUCCUAAGCCGAUAUAUAUCCGCGCACCAUAGACAAGACUUGCCGCACGAAAUCAAGAAAAUCGUCCAAAAUUACAGCAAGAAAAUCUCAUUCGGCUCAAAGAUCAUCACGAAAUUCACUUCGAAUGACGAUGAAGAUGAAUUCAAGAAGAACUACAAGCAAGGGAUGAGUACGCCGAAUUUAUUCUCCAAAACGACUAAGGAGGAAGUUUUGAAUGCUGUCAAUAAAGAGAAGAAUAUCGAGGACAGGAAACAUUUCAUGAUGAAGAAGUCUCAGUCAGUGCAUUCUGGUUUAAUAUCGAAUAAGCAUUUCCCGUUAAAAGUUCUAGAAGAGAAGAAGGAAGACGUGAGAAGGAGAGACAGUUUACGCAUAGAGAACUUAGCAAACGAUAACAUACGUGACUUGGGACGGAAAACAUCGGGAUUUUUCGCGAACACGCACGAACAAAUACGACAGGAGCGAUUCUUCGAGCAGCAAUUGAAGCACGAUUUUGAUGAGAAUUUGAAAAAGUUAGACGAAAAGUUAUCCAAGAAACUGUCGCCCAAAUCAUAUUCAGACGAAUUGAGUAUAUUCCAGAGUAAAAAAAGUAUGUCGCUCAAUUUGAACGCUAACUCAAAAGGACAAGAUUCAAAAUUGAAUGACAGUGGUUUCGUAACACCAUUGUCUCCUGAAAACAAUAGAAAAGAAGACAGUUCAUCCUCUAUUUCACAUCCGUUGAGCGACUGUGAUGUUGACAUUAAAUUUGACGGUCAAUUAACUAAAUUGAAACAGAUACGACCGUUGAAAAGUAGUAAUUAGUUCUAAUUUCAAUAGAAAAUUGCUAAACAAAGGAGAAUUGUGACGUCACAACAAUGUACGUUUACGAAUUAUAUUCAAAAUAAGGCUUUAUAACAUUUUAGAUAACUACACGUCACUAACAUAUCUGUGGUCUGGCGCUAAAAUGGAAGUAUAUUUUUGAGUUUGUAAAGGCACAAGGGACAUAAAAUCUUGGUUCCCAGGUGUUUAAAGGAUUAUUAUUUUUUACGGCGCCAUUUUCUAUAGGCGAUGGUGACCAUUUACCAUCAGGUGGCAUAAGUCAUAUAAAACAAUCGAAAUCUGUUCAUUGUGUCGAUUCUGUAAUACGAAAAGUAAGGGUUAUCGAUAUUGGUCCUUUCAGCACCAGGUCACAGAAUUGUUCCAUUAAUAAUUUUAGUUUUAUUCACAAAUUAUUUUUAUAUUUCGGAUCAGGAUUUGUAGCAUUGCAACGUCAUAUCAAAAAUUGCGUCAAUAUUUGUAGUUUCAAUUGGACGUAACCGUCAUCUUAAUUUUGCAAAUACACACACACAAAUACACACAUUACACACACACUUGUACACACAAUAAGAAGCCACAAACGUUCAUAGCCCAACGCAAGCAAGAAAUACACUUAUAUACAAAUGUUUAUAUCAUGAGACCUAUUCACUCACAAGUGCGUCUCCACAUUAUUAAAAAUCAGCGUUCGUUAAAAAAAUCGAAUUUGUAUUAUUUUGCUAUCUCUACUGUUCGUCUCACGCACACUAAGACAUUUUAAGCACGAUUGACACUACUCACUAAUGCACGUCGAUAGCAAUUGGUGGUACAGCUUUGUAAAAGUAUCCACACUCAUCAUACUUGACCACCAAGCAGCAAUACUAUUGCUGUGUUUCUGGUUAAAGCUGAGUGAGUGUAACCACAGGAACAAGAGACAUAAUCUCAGUUACCAAGGUUGGUGGAAUUGGUUAUGUAAGAAAUUGUUAAAAUUUCUGUCUAUGGGCAGUGGUGACCACUUACCAUGAGAUUGCCAUUAGCACGUCCACCUACCGAUGCCAUUAAAAAAAUACGAAUAGAUCUAAACACAUCGUCAAACGAUGCUUUAUACAUAAUAAACAAGGGUAAGUCAAUCGUUGACGUAAAUUUUGAUAUGACUUUCAAAUUUCGAAAAAUGUUAACACCAACGACACGCCUUUACGCCAUUUACAUAAGAUGUUACUUAAUAUAUAGAAAAUAUAUCGUAGUGGUUGUAUGUUCAGGGAAAUUCACAUUUAAUAAAGAUAUUUCGAUAAUUUAGAUGUCCUAAUGGACCAACUGAUAUUAAGUCCUUCGACCAUAGUCAAAGUCAAAGUCAAAAAUCUUUAUUCAAUAUAGAAGUAUUUACACUUGCUUAUUUCUAGUCAAUAAAUCUACCACCGGUUCGGAAUUUAACAACUCGGACCUGAGAAGAACCGGCGAAAGAAACUUAGCGGGAUAUUAUAUAUCAAUAAUAAUAUACAAUAAUAAUUAUAUUUAAAUUUUUUGAAACAGCCUGGAGGCGAUCAUUUCAUUCCCAUAGACAAGCAUUGUAGGGAAUAUAAACCACGACUAAUACAAUGGUGGCUGUUAUUACACUGGCUCACUCAACCUUGAAACUAUUUUACCCAAAAACAAACAAUAUCACACUAGAUUUCUUUCGAGAUGAUAACUUUAUUUAUUCAAAUAUCGAUCUCCUUCACUAACAGAACCACAAAAUAAGAAGCACAUUGCAUUUAUAAUAUAAGAGGGUAGUAAAAAGGUAACUAAUAAAAGGGGGUACAAUAAAUUAUACAAAUAUAUACCUGACAAAGUAUUUCAUUUAUAUAAAAAUUACAAUUUCUUCUGGACUAGAAUGGGCCAGUGUUCAUUAAAAUAUGACCCAAUCAUUUAAUUUUUCCAACAGAGACUUGCAACUGCAGGAUAUCGCAUGGAGAACAGGUAGAUGCGACCGCAAAGAGUUCAGGUGCAGGUUUUUUGAGGCACUGGUGUAUUACCAACUUACAGACUUCUGCACAAAUGCAGAACUGGAUUGGUUGAACAAAUCCCACCAAAAUAGGUUUUACUUGAUUCAAACGGUUGACCAUAUUAAUUCCUUCGCCUUUGUGGUUUCAAAUUAAGAAUUAAAGUUUGGAUUUGAAUAAACUUCCUAAAUAAACGGAAACUAUAUAGAAUUAUUUUAACACACCGGUAGUUAUUAAAUCUUACAAAAUACAGAAUUUUGGUAUCGAAAUAUUUUUAAAAAAUGUGAGUUUUUCUAACAGCACAGUGUAGUGUGUUCUAGUAGAUGUUGUGUAUAAGAAAUAAAUGUUAAAACAUGUACAUGUAACAUUUUUUGUUAUUGUAAGAUCGUGCAUGUUUGCUAAGAAUUAUUGUCAAGUGUUUUGUGCAGUAACGUGCGAUCGAUGAAGAAAUGGUAAAGCAUUUUAUUUUAUUGUGUUUUUAGUCUAUUUCAAUGGCAGGAGAGUAGUAACGAUAAAUAAACAUUGUUGACCUGGAAUUUUCAUAUGAUUGUGUCCAUAAAGGAAUCGAAAAAAAAAUACGUUUUGAAUGGUAGUGAUUUUGUUGUACAUUCGAAGUGCAUAUAAGUAGUUAAGUGUAAUAGUAUUGUAUUAUAAAUAAAGAUAUAGCAAAUCGCAUGAAAUAUGUAAAUCCAAGGUUUGUUAAUCUUUCCUCCUCUUGCCAUUGAAAUGCAUUAUAUAGUGCGUUAUUGCAUACUGUACAGAAAUUAAGUAUUUAAAAGAUUAUCUUCCGUUAUUUUGUUUUUCAUCUUUUAAAUU